UCCACUUUGCUCGCGUUGGCGGAAACUAAAGAUAAAGGGAGCUUCUGAAUUUCCCGCCCAUUUUCUUGCAAUUCAGCAAUGGCUCCAAAGUCCGAUAGCGCAGAAGCGAUCGUCUUGAACUUCGUGAACGAGCAAAAUAGGCCACUGAAUGCGCAAAACGUGGCCGAUGCAUUGCAAAAGUUCAACCUGAAGAAGGCAGCUAUACAGAAAGCUUUGGACAAUCUUGCUGAUGGAGGCCGCAUUUCAUUCAAGGAAUAUGGUAAGCAGAAGAUAUAUGUUGCACGACAAGAUCAAUUCGAUAUUCCCAACAAUGAAGAGCUCAAUCAGAUGAAGGAACAAAAUGCGAAUUUGCAGAAACAGCUUGAACACCAGAAGAAGGCUAUCAGUGAGGUUGAAACAGAAAUUAAGUCAUUACAAUCAAAUUUAACUCUGGAACAGAUCUGUGAAAAAGAAGUUGACCUGAGAAUGGAGGUACAAGAACUGGAAAACAAAUUGAACAAGUUACGGGGAGGUGUUACUUUGGUGAGGCCAGAAGAACGCGAGGCAGUUGAGCGCAUGUUGUCAGAGAAAUUAAGUCAGUGGAGGAAGCGUAAAAGAAUGUUCAGGGAUUUAUGGGAUACACUCACUGAGAACUCGCCUAGAGAUCCCAAAGAAUUUAAGGAAGAGCUUGGCAUAGAAUAUGAUGAAGAUGUGGGGGUGAAUUUGCAGUCAUACAGUGACCUGAUCCCGCAAGGUAAGAAGCGGACGAGGGGGCAAUGAUAUAUUUAUCGAAACAAUUAAGUCUUUCCUUAAUCAAUAACACAGGUAUACAGAUUAUUUGGUGUUCUGACCUUACUGAACAUGAAUGCAAGUUACAUUGUCAAUGUAUGUCGUUACAAUUUAGAACUGGUUUCGGGGAUUUAGCUCACUUUCUGUAACAAGCCAAACUCACCAGAGCAGGGUCUCAGUACAAUAUUAUUGUUUAUAUCACUUUGGACACUGGAGUCGAUCACAUUGCAUAGCAUGCUAUCCUUGUGUAUUCAUGUUUCAAGGACAUAACUACUGAUUUCAUCUAAUGUUGACAUGAUAUAUCCCGAAUUUCAGAUUUU